UGUUUGGUGAGAGGCUGGGUUAUGCGAUCUCUUUGUCAUUAGAGGUCAGUUCUACACCAGCUCUGAGACUUCCAGCUCGGUGAUGCCCCCAGACUUCUGGGAGAGAUGCUUCUGGUUGUGGGGUCUCCUUUUGUGGCUCAGUGUUGGAAGUACAGGGGAUGCACCUCCUACCCCACAGACGAAUUGCACUGACUUCCAGAAUGCCAAUCUCCUCCGAGGCACCAAUCUCAAAGUCCAGUUUCUCCUCUUCACUCCUUCGAAUCCCAGCUGUGGGCAGCUAGUGGAAGAAAGUAGUGACAUCCAAAAUUCUGGGUUCAAUGCCACUCUAGGAACCAAGCUAGUUAUCCAUGGAUUCAGGGCUUUAGGAACAAAGCCUUCCUGGAUUGAUAGAUUCAUCGGUGCCCUUCUGCGGGCAGGAGAUGCUAACGUGAUUGCUGUGGACUGGGUGUAUGGCUCCACAGGUGCCUAUUUCUCAGCCGUGGAAAAUGUGAUUAAGCUGGGACUCGAGAUCUCUCGUUUCCUCCGUAAACUCCUGGCGCUGGGUGUGUCAGCGUCCUCAAUCCACAUCAUCGGCAUCAGCCUGGGGGCCCAUGUAGGGGGCAUGGUAGGACAUUUCUACAAUGGCCAGCUGGGACGGAUCACAGGCCUGGACCCUGCUGGACCGGAGUACACCAGAGCCAGCCUGGAGGAGCGUCUGGACCCUGGGGAUGCCCUCUUCGUGGAAGCCAUCCACACAGACACAGACAAUUUGGGCAUUCGGAUUCCUGUCGGACACGUGGACUACUUCAUCAAUGGGGGCCAAGACCAGCCUGGCUGUCCCACUUCCAUUUAUGCAGGCUACAGUUAUCUGAUCUGUGAUCAUAUGAGGGCUGUACACCUCUACAUCAGCGCACUGGAGAACUCCUGUCCACUGGUGGCCUUCCCUUGUACAAACUACAAGGACUUCCUUGCUGGACAGUGUCUGGAUUGUUUCAACCCUUUUCUUCUUUCCUGUCCAAGAAUCGGGCUGGUGGAACAAGGUGGUGUCAAGAUAGAGCCACUUCCCAGGGAGGUGAAGGUCUACCUGCUGACCACUUCCAUGGCUCCGUAUUGUGGUCAUUGUGGCACCAAGCUCCCACUCUCCAGCACUCUUGACCUGCCUCGGCCUCAGCACUGCUCACCAGGACAGCUGUCACCCUUGGCUUCUGCCAGGCAGGUGCCAGCAUGGACAGAGAAUCUGCUCCCAAAAAAUCAUUUUUCCAAAAAUACUAUUUUUCUCUUGUAGAGCAACAUUUCACCCAAAGUGUUUUCUCUCCAUCACCCCGUUCCUCACAGUGUACUAUGAGGUGAUGUUGGGGGUUACUGAUUCCACAUGAAGGAAGUGAGGCACAGAGAGGUUUGAUGACUUAGGCAAGACAACACAACUGGUAAGUGGCAGGGCCUCACCUUGGAUCCAGUUCUCCUGGCAAACCUUCCAGGGCUCACGUUCUGUUGCCCUUGUCACGCCCAGAGCAGGUAGGAAUUUCACUACCAGUUCCCAUCCACCAAUGUUAGCAGACCUGGCCCUCCUAGGGCUUCCAGAGUAAUCAGAGAAGAGAAAAGCAGAACCUUAGGAAACUGUCUUGAUCACUGAUACCUGCUGGUAAAGUGAUAUAUCCAACUCAGCACAGAGAAUUAGAUUCCUAAAACUAUGUAAGGUAGACUUUUUUUUUUCCCACAUUUUGAUUAUCCACUCCUGUUCAGCCCUUGCCCGUCAACAUAACACUCUGCAUCCACAGUAAACAACUAAGAAAGAGAGACGGGGGACGCGGCAGCUGCUGUUCCCCUCUAUGGAGGGGCAGAGUGCAGUGCUCUCCUAUCUUCUUGUGGGUUCUUGGCAGGAGUCCGGUUGCUAACCCCAUGAGCCCAUAUGGAUCACAUCAUUACUUCAACUUGGGCUGUCUCCCUAAAUCCACUUAGCCCCUCCUCCCAAUAAUCACCCAUAAAACAUAACAAAUGAACAAAGAACGGGUAGGGCAGAGGUGAAGGACUACCUCUCUAGCUAUGUCCCAACCACCAAAGGAGUCUGUGAAAAUGCUCAGAGACCAAAGUCACAGCCAGGUGCCGCCAGAUGGGCUUACCCCUUAUUGAGGAAGGGCUAGGGUGUUGGGGAAGCUGCAAUCCUUCUUAACCUCUCUUGACAGAGGGACCGCAGACCCAGGGGUAUCACCAUGAACCAGGCUGCUCACCCACUCUGUGCAGACAAUACCAGCUUUGAGAGCCCUAGUUUCAGUGCUGCCCAGGAGGGCGGCCCCCAGCCACCACAGGGAGGGCCCCCAGCCACCACAGGGAGGGCCACAGUCAUCUCCUGCACAUAUGGUGGAUUUCCUAACACUGUGUGCAUGCUAGGGGGGAGGGGCAUUGCCAAAUUUUAUGAGUUAAUUAUUUAGUAUAAGAUAGACACCGUUUGGUUUUCAGAAUCACACCAUCAGGAUAAUGUUGCCAAACAGAGAGGAGAGGCACAUUCUAGGAUUACAAGUAAUAAUGAAAACUAUCAUGUACUGAAUGAUUCCUAGGCACAGACUGUCUGAGGACUUUAUAUGUAUUAACUCAUUUAAUUCUCAUUCAGAACUGUGAGGUAUGUAAUUUUGUUAUCCCAAUUUACACUUGGCAACAGAGGAUGAUAUAGUUAAGAUAGCAUCACUGACUCAAAGGACAAGAAUCUGAGCAAACUCCAGGAGACUGAAGGACAGGGAAGCCUGGUGUGCUGCAGUCCAUGCGGUCUCAAAGAGCAGAAUGCAACUGGGCAGCUGAACACAAUUUAGACUUGAGGAAGCUGAGAACCUGUGAUGAGAGGUAACUGUGCCCAGGCACACAGCUGCUAAGUGUUAGAGUGAGAUUUCUAACUGCUGUGCUGCUCUCUGGGAUGUUUCAUGUAUUGCACCCACUGACCUCUGGCCCAGCUGUCUGCUCUGCUUUGGUUUCCCAGUGUAUCACAGCCUCGUGGAGUUUCACUUGCAGGAG